GAUAAACGGUCACACAGUUGUUUGUUUACCUCAAUGAUUCGCAUACGGCGCGCAAUUUGUGAUCAGCUGCCACAGCUCAAGAACGUGUGCAAUGCUCUGGAGAUUCCCGCCAAGAAACAGCAGCUCCAGAACGGACGUCGACCAACUCUGGAAUGGAUUCUCCCAUCUGCGGUUGCGCAACAGGAGCGGGAAGUUUUAGAGGUGCUAAGGGAGCACAGAUUCGAUGAAAUCUAUGUGGAGAACGUACGAGUUGUCCCCAGCGUCGGACGCAAUGCUGCCAAGAUCGAGUUCCAGCUACGGCCACAGGCUUUUGUGGAGCAAGUCCUGCAAACCAAACCUCAUACUUCUCCCUCCCUUUCGGAUCACAUAGUGGUGGAGUACAGCUCGCCGAACAUAGCCAAACCCUUCCACGUAGGUCACUUGCGUUCCACGAUCAUCGGAAAUGUGCUGGCCAAUCUGCACCAGCAAUUGGGCUAUCGCACAACCCGUCUUAACUACCUUGGAGAUUGGGGCACCCAAUUCGGUCUACUGGCACUGGGAGUCCAAUUAGAGAAUGUAAGCGAGAAGGAUAUGCAGGCGUCCCCAAUAGAAACGCUCUACAAGUCCUAUGUGGCCGCCAACAAAGCAGCUGAGAAAAGUCCGGAAAUCGCCCAGCGAGCACGAGACCUCUUUGCAGCGUUAGAAGCGGGAACAGAUGAAACCAUGGCAAAUCAAUGGCAGCAGUAUAGAAAGUACACCGUUGAGGACCUUUCGAAAGUCUACAAUCGAUUGGGCGUUCACUUUGACAGCUACGAAUGGGAGUCCCAGUACUCCCAACAGCAAAUCCAGGAUGUUCUCGACAAGCUGCGGCAGACGGGUCUCCUGCAGCCCGAGCAAGAUGGUCGUGAGGUUGUCGUAGUCGAUGGGAGACGCAUCCCAGUGAUCAAGAGUGAUGGUUCCACUUUGUACCUGGCCAGGGAUAUCGCGGCUUUGCUAGAAAGGUUCUCCAGGUUCGAGUUCUCCCGCCUGCUUUAUGUUGUGGACAAUGGCCAAGCGGAUCAUUUUAAUGCCCUCUUCAAAACGGCAACUGCUUUGGAAGAUCGCCUUAGGUUGGAUCAGCUGCAACAUGUUAAAUUCGGACGAAUCCAUGGGAUGAGCACUCGCCAGGGCAAGACAAUCUUCUUAAAGGAUGUUCUAAAUGAAGCUCGGGACAUCAUGCGGGAGAAACGAAACAUAAGUGCAACCACCAGAGCAAACGAUUCUCUGGAUGAUGAGCAUGUAUGUGAUGUCCUGGGCGUAUCAGCUGUUUUGAUUAAUGUGCUGAAGCAGCGUCGGCAAAGAGAUCACGAGUUCAGCUGGCAACAGGCGCUCCAAGUAAAUGGUGAUACGGGAAUCAAGCUGCAAUACACACACUGCCGUCUACACAGUUUGCUGGAAAACUUUAAGGAAGUUGAUUUGGACAACAUUAAGCCCAACUGGCAACUUUUAUGCGAAGAGCCAGGAGAAGCUUUAGAUCUUCUCUAUGAAUUAGCACGUUUUGAUCAAACCAUUUGGCAAUCUAAAGAACAAUUGGAAGCUUGUGUGCUAGUUAACUACCUGUUUGGAUUGUGCAAUUCCACAAGCCGAGCACUGAAACGAUUACCUGUUAAGCAAGAAUGCGACCUGCAGAAACAAUCCCAACGGUUGAUCCUCUUCCAUGCUGCCAAGAAAACACUGCAGCAGGGAAUGCAGCUUCUCGGCCUUCGUCCACUGGACCAAAUGUAGACCAAAGAAACCCCACACAUCCGUUAACAUAGUUGAUAUUUAUUAAAACAUUGCGAUACAAAAUGCAGCCUAGUAUUGUAGAUGCACGUGCCCGU